AUGUCUUCGGACCAGUCGAAAGGGACGCUAUAUUCCGGCCGCGUCAACCCGCUGCCAGCAUCCCCCCAGUUUCAGACUGUCUUCACAUGGGAUACCGAUCAAUUCAAUGAAGGCAUUGACGCUAUAACUCUUGGUACUCUCGGUCGAUCGUGGAUCUGGUUCCAGCUUCUUAAUGAAAGCUCAAGUGCCGAGUUGCCACGCGAUGUGUCAAGGAUCGCACUCAUGCCUGGGGUUUGCGGGGAUGUUUCAAGUGCCACCACAAAUUGUUCCGAUUUAUGCAGCCGCCGCUCAGAUAUGUUCGGUUCAUGGAAGACGCUAUGGCAUUGUCUGACCCUUGCCUCACUGGCAAUAGCAGACACGUCGUUCCUGGGCCUCAACGACUCGUCUCAUGAACUCAUCCACGCAGCGCUACGCCAAUUAUCCAUCACUAGUGCUGCUGAUUUCCCUGGCGAGGUUGUGCUCAACAACACAUUUGAGUGUGCCCUGGCAAGCUGUAACUCCGGCAAGAAGGAGUGCAAAAUGAGGGAACUCGAUGCCAGCUACAUCGUGGAUGGUCGUGUCCAGUUGAAUGUCCUAGGCAUGUCCCUCUUGGAGUUAUGUGAAGGCCUUGAGGUUGAGAUCGAUGCUGAUAUAGCCGGGCCUGGAGUGGUCAUCUCAUACAUCUUCCAAGCAGCGAUGGCGGUAUAUGUAUGGGCGUUCAUAGCGCUACCCAGUAGCCGCUAUGUCCCAUCUGCCCUCAAACGCACAUUUUCUACUCUUUGGUUCAAAAUCCGAUCCUUCACUGGCCCCUUGCCGGCUUUACAAAGCCUGUGGUUAAACUUGAUUUAUGCCACAAGCACUUUCUUGGUCGAGUUCCAUGAAGCUCAGUGCUUCCUUGUCGCCAGCAUCGAGAUCGCGCUGCUCUAUGCUAAGUCCCGGAGCCUUCCCAGCGAGUCAGCCAAUUGGGGGAAUCUAGACCAAUUUAGAAACUUGAUUCAACUCGUUGGCGCUACAGGUGCUUGGUCUGUCAUCCUGACUCAAACAUCCUUGCGCCGGGCACGGCUUAAUUCCGUCUACAACCUGGCGCUAUCUACCGUUGCUCUGGUAUUGGCCACUGCGGCAGUUUCUAAAACCACUGAUCUGACUGCCGACGAGGCAUAUAGGUUGUUCAAAGGAUUAAAUCAUAUCUCAGAAUGCGGUGGCAACACUUCACUUCGAUCAUUUUGUGCCCAGCACGGGAGAUAUAUUCUGAGUCCAUUGCCGCCUGGAUACAUUUACCUUUGCGUCGUUUCAGUCAUCACUACUUGGCUGUACAUGUUUGUGGAUCUGGUGCCCAAGAUGGCUUGGGCAGACCAGAUGUAUCGGCGCCUCGCCCCAAGGCAGCGACGCACAUAUAGGAAAAUGAUGGGUGUCCUUGACUCCUUGGAUUACCUAUUAUUCCUGGGAUUCGACGGUUUCAUCAUUGGCUCGCUUUUGAACAGUCUAAUGUCACUCGGAGCUCUCCAAAGGAGAGUUGGUGCAGAUGAGUGGGGUAUUGGUCAAGUGAUCGCGGUACUAAUAUGGGCGCCGGUGUUAUCAAAGUACUUGUACUUGAUCAUAUUUGGCAUGGAGAAGGGAUUCCUCUAUCGACUCUCACACGCUUUCAUGGUGGUGAAGCGGCCUAGCGAAACCAAGAAGCAUGGUGAAGACAUUGCCACAGGUGACACACCUGAUUCUGACAAUGUCCCUCUGGCGCUUGCCCAUCGACACACGGCAGCAUGGUAA